ACUGCAGCCUCUUGGAUAUACAAAUUUACCCCUAAUCGGAUGAAGAUCACCUUGUGCAUUUGUGCAGCACAUCUUAAAUUGUUCCUCGAGCCUUCGGCAGGGUUGCGAAAGGAAUUCUUCCGUGCAGCAGUCCUCUUCCUGCCUCUGCUUCCCGUCUCCCGAACUCUAUUGCCGACACCACUGAAACUUUCAGCCAUUGCAAAAGGGGGAAGAUUGCCGAAACGUUCUCGCUUCGUUGGGCAAUGGACUUAUGGGGAGGUGAAUCAGCUGGGAGGUGUAUUCGUUAACGGGAGACCCCUUCCCAACGCCAUUAGAUUAAGAAUAGUGGAACUAGCCCAGCUCGGGAUCAGACCCUGCGAUAUCAGCCGACAGCUCCGAGUCUCUCACGGCUGCGUGAGCAAAAUCUUGGCCCGUUACAACGAGACAGGCUCCAUCUUACCUGGCGCGAUUGGAGGCAGCAAGCCCAGAGUGACCACUCCGACGGUGGUGAAACACAUCAGGGAGUACAAGAACGGUGACCCCGGGAUCUUUGCGUGGGAGAUUCGGGACAGGCUCUUGGGCGACGGAGUCUGCGACAAGUACAACGUGCCCUCCGUCAGCUCCAUUAGCAGAAUUUUGAGGAACAAGAUCGGGAACGUGUGUCAUCCAGGUCACUACGAGACCAGCAAGCAUCACCCUCCCCAGUCAGCACUGCCUUACAACCCCAUUUACCAGUACUCCUACCCCAACCACAUGUCACCUACUGGGACUAAAAUGGGCACUGCCGCGGGGGUGCCCAUGACAGGACAUGUUGGCAUCCACAGAGCAUGGCCGUCUGCUCACUCAGUCACCAAUAUCCUCGGACUCAGAAGUAUUAUUGAAUCAUCAGCUUCUAUUGGUGGAGCCGAGGCCUCACCUUACCCAACAAAAAUGGAAGAUUGGAAUAACGUUAACAGGACAGGCUUUCCUUCAACUCAAAGUAUCAAUGGAACUGAGAAACAGGCCAUCGAUUCUGAUCUGAAAUAUCCUCAGGCUCCAUCUGGACUGCCUGCUGUGAGUAGUUUUGUUCCUGCCUGCAGUGUUGGCCCCUAUCCCUCAUCGAACCAAGUGCCGAGCUAUGGGGUGUACAGUGGCCCUGGAGCAGGGUAUAUGACCGGUCACCCCUGGCAGUCCCAGAGCAGCAAUCUCUCCCACUCUGGGCCAGGAAUCGCCAUGCACGGCGGAGAUAUCCACGCGUCAAUGCCCUUCAAACACCUCUCAGCUAGAGAAGUGGUGGACAGAAAACCGGUGAGCUCCGCAAACAAGCCACCUGAAGCCCAUAGCAAUGUCCAUGAACUCGCAAUUGCAGCUUCCUCCACGUAAGAGCUACCAACAACAGGACACUGGUACCAACCCGGACUGCUUCCUAAACAUAAGGUCUUAUGGAAUUUUACACCCAAGUGCAAGGUCUAUUUCCAAGAACUAAAAACCGUAGGCUUGAUAAAGUAUUAUUCAAUUUGCAGCGGAAACAAAAAACCUGCACAGACUUACUUGUGUGUCGGAAAAGCUACUGCAACAUAAAUGCGGUAAAGUGAAUGUAAACUGCGCUCUUGUGGGGAGAAAUGUGUACACGCUAUCCUAUCCCAAAGCGCAUACUGCUUCUUCAUUUCAGCAAUGGUGUUGGUGGCGGGAAGGUACAUUAUUCUUCAUUGUUUGCUUGUAUUUGUAAAAUGUCGGAAACGAAUUCAUAUUUGUAUGUAGCUAAUGGGAAUAUAAGCCAUACUAUAAUCAAAGGAAUUUAGUGAUCCUGCUCGUUAAUGCAGAAUUCGCCCCUUUCCUCAUUACUUUGCGAGUAACGAGAGCUUUGUCAGGUAUGUAAUUUGUACAUAGCUUCAAGAACCCAGACACAAUUGCCUGUUGGCUCACACACAAAAAAACCCAGAUGUGAACAAAUCGUGAACAUUUUGAUGUAUAUCCGAGACUGUAAAUGUAAAAUAUUUUACCCUAGCGGUCUAUUUUAUAUUUUUAUAUUUUGAAUUUAAAAAUAUGCAUUUAUGCUGAAAUAAAACUGCAGACUGAGAACACGUCCCGUGACGUGGCUUCCCUGUUGUCCAGCAAACUGUUUCAAUGCCCCUGGUGUGCUGAUAUUUAAUGAACAUUGUAUGAUAUAGCUGUGUUCAUUGUAUUGCAAAGAUAGUACAAAUCUUGAAAAGAUCUACAUUCUAGAUUUCUUUUGUUCUUGCACCUAAAUCCCUAUUUUUUUUUCUCUACACGUCCUUUUAAAGAUUUGGUGCAAUUAAAAAUCUAUUUCUGAAAGAAUCUGCCACGCAAAACACGGGAAGUAUACAUUUAGCGAUAAAGAAUAACGUGAGGUUCAAUGUGCAUUAGGUAAAAUAAAUUCAUGUAAGUUCCGUAUAAACGUUUCCAGAGUGUAUCUUUGGGUUCUGAUGAUGAUUUAGUUAUUUCUGUAUUGAUGCGAUUUCGGCUGGGGAGAUAUAUAUGUUGGGCAACAAUUUAUUUAUUUUACAUUGCUUAAAGCGCUGCAAACAAAUGAUGUGUGCAAUGGUAUCUUUGCCAUUGCUAGAGUCUAGCAAAGGAAUAUCGCUAAUGUGACAGAAUUGUCGAUCCGUGGUAGAACACACUUGUAAGCACUUUAUUAAAAUUAUAAGGUACCUUACCCAUGGUUUCAGAUUCGACCCGAGCUUUAAAACCCGAGGCCCCUGUUUGAAUGAACCCCCUGAUAUAGCCUUUUUCAUAUUGCUGUCUUCACCUGAUAAUAAUUGUACUAUCAGAUUGGUAAGGCAUGGAAAUAUCCAUUCUUCAGCAGAAAAUAAACAUAAUGGUUUUCAAAGAGCAGAUCUAAUUCAUUAGACAUCGCAGUGCUUUCAUUUUAUGCUGUUUACUGAUUGUCUUUCACGCAUGAUUUUUUUUA